GAGCCAGCAGGCAGUAGGUCAGCUUUUGCUGCUGGAUCAAGUUUGGCCUUCACUUUGUCUGGGCUCCAGGUUGUAUCCUUUCUGUCCUCCCCCAGAGACAUUCUCUUCUUUCUUCACUGGCUCCACCUUCAUGCUCCUGAUGGAAUCAUCUUCUGUGGUCAUUGACAUUGGCAGUGCUUGGUGCAAAGCUGGUUUGGCUAUUGAAAACUAUCCUACUCUUGCAGUCCCCUCAGUUGUUGGGUAUCAGUUCUAUGAGGAAGAAGUUAAAGUGUAUUCUCCUAACAUACUGAAAGCCUGUCCCCCCAAGAUAAGGAAAGUUGUAGGCUUGGAAAAAAUGCGUGAGCUCAAAGAAAUGCCUAAUCAAUUUGCUAUUGACCGAGGCCGAGUCCUAAACUGGGAUGCCAUGGAGGAUAUUUGGUACUAUUCUUUUGAUUACCUUGGGAUCAAAACCAAGAACCAUCCAGUGCUGAUCACAGAAUUUCCAAGGAAUGACGAGAAUUACCGGCAGAAGACUUUGGAGAUCAUGAUGGAGACCUUCAAUGUUCCAUCUUUGCACAUUGGCAACCAGGCAGAACUUUCCUUGUUUGGCUCUGGCCUCUUGUCCGGGAUAGUAUUAGACUGUGGGGCUGACCUCACUCACAUCGCACCCAUCAUGGGAGGUCGGAUGAUUCCUGAAUGCACACUAAUUCAUGAAAUUGGUGGGAUAGACAUCAACAUAUAUUUAUAUGAUUCUAUCUUCUCUGACACUAUGACACGAUAUUGCUUGAUCAAGAGGGAGGCAAUGGAUGACCUCAAGGAGAAGUUAUGCUACGUGAACAACUUCCCUGAUGAAAAGGAAUGUCCCAGUGAUUUGGCCUCUAACCGAAGGAGGAUCUAUGUCCUUCCUGAUGGGAAUGUUCUCUUUCUUAGUGAAAAACUUUGUACCAUCCCUAAUAUCUUUUUUGAUCCCUCUGAAUUUGGUGGGAAUGGAAUAAAAUUAGGCGUUGAGGUUCUCAAAUCAGCCAUGGCAUGCCAUAACAAAACCAAAGCCUACAUAUUUUCUAAUGUUGUUCUCUCUGGGGGCAGCACCCUCUUUCCUGGCUUCACAGAACGCCUUAGCUGGGAGUUAAAUGCCAUGAAACCUCUUAUGUACUCAACUGAGGUUGUGUCCUGGCCAAAUCGGAUAUACCUCCCCUGGGUGGGGGGUGCCAUAUUGUCUCGUCUGUCUACCUUCACUUCCCGAUGUAUAACCAGAGAAGAAUACUUUGAGACCCAAUCAGCAUUAAUUGCUUAAUGAAUUUUUCUUCCAAGAUUUCCCCAAAGGUUUUGAUUAGAUUGAUGGAUCUUGACUAUCUGAGCAUGGAAACAAGAACUUGGUUUUUGAGGAAAGCAUCUUCUUAUAGGGUUAUAUUGCUUUACUUUGUUUUAGAGUUCUGAUUUGGAUUUGGAUUUUUGUUCCUGGCUCUACCCAUGGGCUAGAAUUUUGAAUCCCAAUGAAGUCCAAAUUAGGUAUUCUAGAAAAGCUCUUUCUCAGGAGCUUUUUGAGAAAGUAGGGGUGAAAUCCAAUAGAGUUGUGAAAUCUUCAAGGUUUGAUCUUCCCUGAUGGUCCAAACCCUAUCUGGAAAGUUCAUUUUGGCAUGCUGUGUAGGGGGUAGGGCAAAUGACCCCACAUUAUGGAGAUGCUUGCUCUCACAGGUAGUACAACUCUUAUCUCUAGCCAAGAUGGGUCUGCCACAUUUUUUUAAUAAGUGGAGUAUGGAGACAAAAUUAUUCUUCUAUGACUUGGAAGAUUCAGAGAAUUUGGGUCUCUUCCCAAGGCUUGGGAAAUUAAUCUCUUCCCUCAUCCCCUUUUUUUCUCCUGAGUCUCCUCAGGGACUAGACUUGUAGGUAGAGUGCCCUGCUUAGGCAAAAGUAGCCCUUUUUAGGUGCUUGUCAUUUCCGUGGCCUAAGUGUAAUCAAUCUGAGGGAGAGGACGAAUUCUCUCAUAAGGAGAUCUGGGUUCAUAGGAUAAAGAGGAAGAUUGGUACUUUUAUAACCAAAGGGAUUGUUUGUUUCUUGUUGCUUGGGGGAUUCUGAAGGUUCUGCAGCUCAUACCUUGUGCUGUAAGAUGGGCAGUGUCAUAUACACAACUCUUGCCCAGCUCUCAAGGAGGAUCUGUCUAGUUUUGAAAUGCUACCUUUUACCUGUACAUGGAAAUACCCCAAAAUAAAAGAAUUGUGAUGAUGACUCAAGUGUUGAUGGAAGAGAAGAAGGUAGGGAACAGGCCCCCAAAAGAUAUCUGGGAGAUAGAAAAGUCUACAAUUGGGGACAAGGAUGCGGAAAAAUGCUAGCCUAGUGUGAUUUUUAGAUCAAGGAGUAGAAAUGUCAGGCCAUCAAGCAUGAGAGUCCAGGAAGCCUGUUCUCUCACCCUAGGGAUGAGGGCCAACAGGGCAGGCUCCACCCUCCUCCAACUUAUCAAUGACCUCAGAAUCUAUCCUCUUCUCCUCUCUAUGGGACAUCUGGGUCAUUGCUUAGUGUUGGACACUAUAUUUUAUACUGGGAAGCUAACUUCCUUCAGAUUGGACCCAGAGAGGGCACCCUGGUGAACAUUUGUAAAUGGCACUUGUAUGAUGCAUUAAAGUCUUUAAAGAAAACACUUUGAUCUCUUUUGAGUUUCCCAUUCACUUUGUGAGGGAGGUACUACAAGUUGUCUUAUCCUCUUUUUAUAAAUACCGAACUGAGAUUCUAACCAUUUACCAGAAGUAUCACAGCUUGAGUAUUGAGGAUAGAUUUGAACCCAGGCAUUUGGGGCCCAUGCAUCACAGAGGUCUGUUGAUAGAACUGUAAAUGAUUAUUCUAGGGAAGGAAAAGCUUUGGGACAGACAUGAAUAAUUUGAAGAACCAUCAUAAGAAUGUGGGAGUAGGCUUGUUCUUUGUCUGCAGGGUGCUGAAUUAGAAGAAAAGUGGGUAGAAAUUGCUUGACUUUCCCUUGGUCUAAGGAAAACAUUCCUUACCUUUAGAGUUGUCCUGUAGUGGAAAGGACUUCAUCAGAACUGGAGGAAUUCCUCUCCUUGGAAGGUUCAGGGGAAGGUGCUCAGGUUGAGAUGAAUUGAAUAUUCUCCACAGAGAAAUCCAGAGCUGGGAACAUCUAGGCAGUCAUCUGGUGUACUCCAUAUCUGAGCAGAAAACCCUUAAGACAUUCUCAGUGAGGAUAAGGGGAAUUCAUUCCGAAGAAUUAGGUGUGGAUAAUUUUUCAGGUUUCCUCAGUUUCCCUUCACCCUUUCCUCCUCUCCCUAGGCCUAGUAUCCUAUUCUCAGAGGCAGGGAGAAAAUAAGGUUCCUUGCUCUUGCUCAGAGAACUAGAAUUGUUUCUUCACAUCUGAUCCUGUGUCUAAAAUUCUAGGGGGAAGCUGGGUAGCUCAGUGCAUUGAGAGCCAGGCCUAGAGACAGGAGGUCCUGGGUUCAAAUCUGGCCUCAGACACUUCCUAGCUGUGUGAGCCUGGCCAAGUCACUUAACUCCCAUUGCCUAGUCCUUACCACUCUUCUGCCUUGGAACCAAUCCCCAUUAUUGAUUCCAAGAUGGAAAGUGAGGGUUUUUCAAAUAAGUAAAUAAAAAUUCUAUGCUUUCCUUUAGAACUCCCAGCUCACCAAUGGAUUGAAUGAAUGAAACAUACAUUAGUAUUUGCCAUGUGCAAUGCUAGGGAUACAAUUAGGAUAGUAAGGAAGACUCCCUCUACUUAUCAGUGAGGAACUAAGGAUGAUUAGGUUAGAGGAGGUGGAAGACUUGGGAAGGGACAUCAUUUGUUUCAUGGACUUUCAUAUAAUAGAGAGAUUAGUUUUUUUCCCCUGGACUUCAUAGUGUAGAAAUAGAAGAUAGAGAUGUAUAACUUGUUAUAACAGGAAAGCUCCUCUAUCAUUAGUUCUGCCCUGCAAUCGAAAUGGCUUCUUUAUUGCUGGGCAAUAUCCCUAUUCAGCCUUAGUUUAGGAGGUUACAGGAAAAAUCAGGGAAAGUAUUGGCGUUUGGGAAGUCGCCUUUCCUGUUCUGUCCCACUUCCAUUUCUAAUUCUGUUGUUUUCCUAAGCUCUUAGUUGUUCCUGACUGCUUAGAUGUUUCUGUU